UUUGAAAUCUUAAAUUGUUAUUUUUGUUUGCAAAACAAAACCAAACCCUCUCUAACAAUGAAAGUCUUGGUCUUAGUGCUUGUUCUGGCUACCAUCGCCAUGGUUAGCGCCCAGUAUUAUUACGGAAGUCCUUAUGCGGGCUAUGGUGCUUCUCCCUACUAUUCGGCCGGUUAUGCUUCAGUGCCAGCCUAUACGCAUGGUGGUUAUUAUGGAAAUGUUGCUUCUUAUGGAUAUCCCGGAGGUUAUGGUUACUCUACUUUUUACAAGAAAUAACUGAUUUGACGGAC